AUGAGAAAAGGAUAUGCAAAGAGUAUUGUCUCGAUGUCACAGUCGGAGCUACCGUUGGUACUGGGUCGCGAUUGUGCCGGUGAGAUCAUUCAGGUGGGAUCGGAUGUUUGGGAUUAUCGAGUCGGUGACCGAGUGUGGGCAGCGAAUGCACCGUUCUCCAACGGUACACACGCAGACUACGUUGUGAUGAAUGAAAGUGAGAUAGCAAAGAAGCCGAGAAACCUGUCGGAUAUCGAAGCGGCAUCAGUCCCAUUUGCAGCAUUGACUGCAUGGAAUGCAAUUUUCUCGACUGCCAAAGUUGGAAGUGGCAUGCGAAUACUGGUGAAUGGCGCCAGCGGUGGUGUUGGAUUCUUUGCUGUCAAUCUGCUGAAGAAUCAUUUGAAUUGCGUGGUUGGAGCGACCAGUUCCAGUGGUAGUUUCGAAAAGCUAAAGAAUGGCGGUGCCGAUCUCCUGUUUGAUUACAACGUGGACAACAGCGAGAGUCCAGAGUGGAAGGGGCAAUUCGAUUUGGUGCUCAACUGUGUCGAUAAAGGCGAGGAAGUACAGCGUCGAUGUAUCAAAGCACUAAAGAGAGGUGGUCAGUAUAUAUCGUUCAAUUCCGAUCUUGUCAGGACCAGUGACUCUGAGGGUGUUCUACUCGGACUACCCAAAGCAAUGCUGGACAAUAGAAAACGAUCGGAGCAGAUACACGAACAACAAGGAAUCAGAUUCGAUACAUCGUUGUUUGUACCAUCGAGCAAAGCACUCUCUUCCAUCACCAGACUAUUCGAAUCUAAACAGCUAGUGACCAACAUUGGCAAAGUAUUCUCACUUACCGAUAUCAAAGAUGCAUACCAAUAUUUUGAAGAUGGAAAAUCAAAUGGAAAGAUAGUGUUUGACCAUUCCAAAUAA